AUGGCUGCUGCACUCGGAGAGGACGCCCUCACUCGCGUCUCAGCGAAUGGUAUCUCCUAUCCAUCUACGCGACAAACCGCCCGUGGCUCCCUGCCUGACUACUACGUCCCAAAGACCGUCCUGCCAUCCGGAAAACUGCUGCCACAGAUCUCCUACAACGGCACCGUCCUCUCCGACCCUGACGAAUUCUCAAGCACCUACACAACACAGAUGCCUUAUACCUUCUUCGAGGUCCAGUCCAUCAACGCACACGUCUUGAACCAAGCACUCGCCCCUAUGGACAAGACAGCAAAGCCAAAGGAGCAAGAGAACAACAUGAGCAUCCUUGUCCAGGUCAGCGGUUACGUACGGUUGAUCGAGCGCAAGGAGGGUCCAAUGCGCGCCUUCUCCGACACCUUGGUCCUGGUCCCCAACAAAGAAGAAGCCGGCGCAAAGGGCAAAGGCAAGACCGGCGAAGGCAAGAGCUGGCUCAUCCAAAACCAAAACUUCAGAUUUGUCGUUUGA